AUGCGUUGGGUGUUAUUCAUAUGGCUUCUAGCCAUGACGGCAUCCGCUGUAAAAUCAGCCGAAUGCCCUCCAAAUACGUUCACAUGUGCAGAUGGAAGUUGUAUACCAUCGGAUUGGAAGGGAGAUGGUGAGAAAGAUUGUGAAGAUGGAUCAGAUGAAGAAUCAACUGGAGAGACGACGACAGAGGGAAAGUUUGAUGAAGUUGUGAGUGCAUCGACGACUUCUGGAACGACGUCUUCGGAUGAGGAUUGUGAUUGGGGAAUGCAACAGAGAAUUGAUAAUUGUUCAGAGCCAAUCGUCUCGUUUUUACAUCAAAUCGAACGAUUGAAUCUCAGAAAUAUGUCAUUCUUGACGUCUUCUGAUAUCCAAUCUCAAAUCGAAAGUGGAUGUAGUUUGAUGACAAAUUAUCAAGAAUGUGUUGGAAAUGAGAAGGGAUGUAUGCCAGAUGAAGGGGUUCAUUCAUGGAGAGAAAUCGAAAUGUUCAUGUGUCAAUUGGUACUUCCUUCUGUUAAAGAACACGCUGCAUGCUUCAAGACGUCAGCUGAUUCCAGAUGUGAUGCGAGCAAAACCUCCUCCUCAUCUUCGCUCUGCGGCCUUGUCACAUCCAUCCAAACUGCCACGUCAUGCCUCGAAAUCAUUCGACCAGAUGCCUGCUCAUCAGACGCCAUUGAAAUGCUCGGUCCAAUCAGAGAAGAGACUGAACAUAUUGUCUCAGCAAUUCGUUGUGUGCUACCUGAACAACCAUCAAGUACCACUCUAAUCGUCGAUGAAACAACAGAAUCAACAUCUGCUUCCGCUGAAGAUGAGGACGAUAUUCUGACAACGAACACAUCGGAUUCUGAGUCCACGACGACUACAACUUCAGAAGUUGAGAAUAGACCAGCUCUCACUAUCAACAUGGCAGAUGCUGUCAAUUCUCUCUAUUAUAUUUAUGAUAUCUGCUCAGCCAACUACUCUUCGGAUCCAUUCUCUGGAGUAGCAGAAAAGAUUUGUGCGAAACAAGACGAGAUUGCAAAGUGGAGUGAUUGUUAUCAGAAGACUUUGGAAAAAGAGAAAUGUGCCAUCAGAAAUGCGACGUCGAAAUGUGAAGCAUUGAUCUCUUACAAUAACAAUUUGGAUUGCGCAAUUGUUACGAUGAACGACGAAUGUGAAAUUGAUGCACAGAAUCUUGUUGUUGAGUUACAAGAAGAAGUCAAUGAUUUGAUUAUUGCUGGAAAAUGUUUCGAAGAGAAGAAAGAGCCAGAGGAGGAGGCUCCAAAGACUCCAAAAGAAGGAGAAUUCCAUCUUCAGUCAACACUUCCAAAAUGCACUGAAGAACAAGAAAACGGAGCAUUGGGAUGUCUUGUAGAGCUGGUAGAGAUCAAUAAAAAGCUCACUGCAUUCUCAAAUCUCAACUUCCUUCUGGAGAUUGCCAGUCCAAAUUCCACAGUAGUCGAGGGAAUCUGCUCUCUAUUCGCUCGAUAUGAACAAUGUCUCUCUGUUACUGUAUUCAAGGAUUCCCAAAGAUGUUCAUUCGCUUCUCCACUCAACUCCCUCGCCAGAAUCGGUCUCGCCCCGAUUUGCUCAUUGGAUUCACGUCCAAUGCUCGCGAAACACAGAGAUUGUUUCCAGAAGUUGGCAACUGAGGCAGACGAAGCAACCAACUGUCAAUCAGCUCUCUCUUCUCUCUCGAAUACAGUUCAAAUGAUGUUGAAUGGAGUUCAUGGAGAGGCCCUUUUGUGCAAGUCAUUCUACACAAUCAGAGACACUUUCUCCUGUGGAGAACGAGCUGUUAAGAACAAGUGUGAGGAGGAUGCGUUGACUGAUUUGAUGAAUUUGAAGACAAAGAUGACGUCGCUCGGAUUGGAAGAAGGAUGUCCAACUGAUCCACCAGCUAAUCUCGACGAAAUCAUCGCUCGUCCAGUGGCCCGUCCAACUCCAGUCACAAUGCCUCCACGUGCUCCAACCGCCCGUCCAAUGGCCAUUCCAUCAGCUCCAACUCCUCCAGUUUCCCCAUCGAAAUGUGCUGUCGAAGAGCAGAAGAAGUUCGAAGAAUGCGUGAAACCAUUGACUUCUUUCCAACCACAUCCAUUAUCAGUGAUUGCAAUGCCAAGAGAUAUCGAUCAAGCAUGUGAAGCAUUCCAUACAUUCAAAGCUUGUUCAGCUGAGAGUAAUUGUCAUCCAUUGUGGGCACGUGGAAUGAGUGCAAUGUUCGAAUACGCUUGUAAUGAAGCAAACGAGCAAUUCAAGAAAGUCAGAAAGUGUAUCCGUGAGACAUCAAUGAUCGAAGAAGUUCGUUCCUGCGUCUCUGACUUCUCUCGUGGUGCUCCAACUGCUGCCUGCAUGUCAUCCAAUCGUCUUCACUCCUGCGCAAUCCCACAACUUCAAGCCAAGUGUGGACAAGACGCUGCUGAAUGGGUAUCCAACUAUAUCAUUCGAUUCGCAAAUGCAAUUGAUAUCCGAUGCAAGGUUGGACGUCAAUUACCAGUUGGAAGAGUUGUUGGAAUCGGAUGCUCUGCUGAAGAGGAGUCGAUUAUUGAGCAUUGUGCAGCUCCAUUGAAUGAUAUUGGAUCUCGAGUCGAAGAACUAUUUGCCGGUGGAAUGCAAUCCCUCAUCAAGAAUAUCAAUUCCCUUGCACCAGUCUUCGCAGGCGCUUGCAACUUGACAGAUGAAUUCAGAACAUGUGCUCAUUUCCUGUUGGAAGGACGUACCUCAUGUAUCGUUUCCUCUUGCAUGAUUGAAGCUGGACGUGACAUUUGUCAACUUUCCGAUCCAGCCAAGGCCAUUGAUGACAACUUGUCAUGCCUCUUCGGACAAGCUCAAGAACCAAAGUUCGCUCAAUGCAUCAGAUCAACAAUCUCAACUUUGAAACAAUUCAAUCUAUCCACCUUGAGAAAUGUUCUUCCAAAAUUCAUUGAUUGUACUCGAGAUAUUGUAGUAGACAAGUGUGGAGAGAGUCCAAUUAAGAUAAUGAAGGCAAUGAGCACUCCAGAUAUCUGCCCAAUUCGCCCACAUCAAACUCCAAUCAUCCCAGUUAAUCAACCAACAAGAGUCACUCCAGAUCUCGGGACUGUUCUUUCUUCAUCCACCACGACGUCAUCCUCGGAUUCAGAAGCAACCAUGUCAUCUGAGAUUUCUGAAGAAGCCACGUCACCUGCUCCAACUACUCCAACUACUUCUUCCGAAUCCUCAGAACCAACGUGCGGAGAAUCAGCACUCGUCGAUUAUCUUCAAUGUGAAACUCACUUGGAUCAGUUCGCGUUCCGUCCGAUUUCUAUUAUUGGAGACGCUUUGAAAUGGGAUCAAUUCUGUCAAAUGGCCAAUCAGACGUAUAUUCCAUGUGUGGAGAGUUUGAAAUGCAAAUACGAACCAGCUGCUUCAGCUCAAAUUGCAUUGAUUGACUCGAUUUGUAACAGAGAAAUCACGUUGAGAGAUCAGAAACAGCAUGCAAUGUGUCUGUCAGAAUACACGAAGACAGAUGCAGGAAUCGCUUGUAUUUCUGACUUUGGAAAGAUUGAUCAACUGGAUAAAUCGGCUCCAGCUCAAAUGUGUGAUGGAAUAAACCACGUCAUGAGAUGCUCCACAAAUGAAAUCGAAAAACGAUGUGGCUUCGACGCUGUUCUGCACGUAUUCAGUAUUCAUAUGCACUGGGCUAAUCUCUUCAAUGCUUCAUGUAUUGUUGAGUCACCAGAGCCAUCAAAGGAGACUACGAGCAUCGACGUGAAUGAAGUGGAGCCAUCUCGCGACCAGAAGCCAGUUGUCGUCACUAAAGAUGAAACAACUCCAGCCACUGCAACCACUGGAAUGAGCAACGACGUGACAGAAUCAGAAGAAACGACGACGACAUCUGCUCCAGUCCAAUCUUCUAUCUCUUUCAGUGUCAUUUUUGCAACAAUAAUUCCAUUCUUUGCCCUUCUCUAA